GCGUCUUUAAAUACUUGUUUGAAAACUUCGUAAGGAAAAAGGAAAACACACUCCCGAUUCAUGCUCUUUUGGACGAAACGAAGACGCCCCCCCUCGAUUCAGAUCAUCGAAAACUCCCUCCUUCCAAAUCCGCUAAACCCCACGUCAAAUCUCCACAAAUCAAGCGCACCCACUUUACAAGAACUCCCCAAAAUUCUCAAGCACCUUUCUUUAGCUAUCCUCACCGAUCUGUUGUUUAAUGCAAGUGAUUAUAACGAGAUGGACGUAAAUUUGGGCUGUGUACGCGCUUACCAUUAGCAUGCACUGGGUGGAUGAUACGUAGACGAGAGGGGACUGAUUGGGCUGAUAACAAAACGAUGGCGAAUCAGGUGGUAAAAGUGAAGAGGGAAACUUUUGUAGCAUGCAUGACUUGCCCACUCUGCAACAAGUUGUUCAGAGACGCCACCACCAUAUCUGAAUGUCUUCAUACGUUUUGCAGGAAAUGCAUCUAUGAUAAAAUUGCAGAUGAGGAAUUAGAACAUUGUCCAAUCUGCAACAUUGAUCUGGGUUGCGUCCCCCUUGAGAAAUUAAGGCCAGACCACAAUUUACAAGAUUUAAGAGCUAAAAUUUUCCCCUUGAAGAGAAGAAAGGAAAAAACACCUGAGGCUGUUCCCUCUAUAACAAUACCAGCCAGAAGAAAGGAGAGAUCACUUUCAUCUUUGGUUGUCAGCACUCCCAGAGUAUCAACACAGGUAACCAUGACUGGGAGAAGAACAAAACCUACUAGAAAGGCCAGCGGUCUGCGAGCCCCUUGUUUUGCCAUUGAAAAGCCUGUAAAAAAGGAGGAAUCAGUAGAAGAUCAUACGGAGAGUUCAAGCUCGCCAGACACUUCAAACAAGUUUACUCAGAAUACCAGACAGAGUUUGUCCCCUCUUGAAUCUAACCCAUCCUUACGCACCAAAGAGGCAGAUAGUGGAGCUGAACCAUGGGAAACAAAAUUGGAUCUUUGGAAACCUUUGAAUUGUUUAGUAGAAGUGGCAAGUAGGAGUAAAUCUUUCAAGUCUAGUGUGCAGGGGUCUGAUGCUAAACUAGAACCUGUACAAAUAAAUGAAAAUGACUCUCAAGUGCCAAAAUCCAAAAAUAAAGAGAAUAAGCGCAAAGCAAAAGUUGAGAACGAAAAAGGCGACACUGAUCCUAUCUCUUUGAAUACAGCAAAGCCUAAUAAAUCACGCAAAGUUCGUCGUAAAAGGGAGCCUCUUUUCGGAGAACCAGGCAUAUCACCUCAAGCUGUUCUGGAUGCAAACAGUGCUACAUUCAAAAGGAGAACUGGUCCACUUUGGUUCGCCUUAGUAGCUUCUGAAGAUCAGGAAGGAGACGCACCCAUGCCCCAAAUUCCUGCAAGUUAUUUAAGAAUAAAGGAUGGAAGUUUACCUGUGUCAUUUAUCCAAAAAUACUUAAUGAAGAAGCUAGAGCUGAGCAGUGAAACGGAGGUUGAGAUUAAAUGCAUGGGGCAACCAGUGGUCCCUACGCUACAACUAUGUAGUUUGGUUGACUUGUGGCUGCAGACAGCAUCUACGACACAGCGAAUUCCCGCAACAAUUGGGUCCUCGGCCAAGGAUUUUGUAAUGGUUCUAGCAUAUACGCGCAAGUUUCCACACGUUUGAUCUGCUUCUCCCACUGUGUCUCCAUCUCUGUAUUUAAACUAAGCGCAUACAACUCUUCCUUGCCUCCAAAUAUGCUGUCGCCAAGUUGCCAAUAGCGGCACUGUUGUGGUGUAUACUAUAGGCACUAAAGUUAUGGACACAUUUUCUGUCUUAACAUAGCGUAGCAUGGUAUACCCGAACUCUGAUUUUUCAACAGUUUGGUUUCAUUUUUAUUCGCUCGCUAUUUCUUCCAACUAUUUGACGAUUGAACACUUGACAGCAAGCUAUAUUUCUUAGAUCUAUCCGCGUCAUAGAUACAGGAUCCAUACUUGACUGCAACAGAUGAUUUCUUGGAUUUUAAAGAAUUGUGUCGAGUAUGUUGUAAAGCAAGAUCUCCAAUUAUUACAGCUUCCAAGUUAUGCAUCUGUAAAGUGGUGAGGGUUCGUUCGUGA